AUGAGAGAAAAUGAAGAGGAGGGGGAGGCGCGAGCGGGGGAGGAAGGAGAGGCGGACAGGGAACGAGGCGGCAGGGAGGAGGAGGACGACGACGAGGAGGGGGAGGGGGAGGCGGAAGCGGAAGAGGAAGAAGAAGAGGAGGAGGAUGAGGAGGCGGCAGUGGGGUCGAUAUUCCACGGGCUGUUGGGCAGCUACAGCUUCUACGACCACUGGGUGAGCACACGCCUGCUGCCGCUGCGCCGCAUUGUGGCUGGCACACUCCAGAUCCGCACGCGCGUGGCCGCCACACGCCGCACCACGGCGCUGCUCGCACACUCCCGGGGCGGGCGCAGAGCAGGGGCAAGGGGCGGAGCAGCGAGGGGAGCGGGAGGAGCCGGAAGAGGAGCGGGAGGAGCGGGGUUUGGAGGGAACGAUUGGCCGGAAACGCAGAUUCUAAUCGGUGCGUCGUUCAAUUACUCGAAGCUGUUCUUUCUGGAUUGCGCCACGGGCAUGGUGUCCGUGGGGGGCAGUGACGUGCUGCACGCCUGCACGUUCCUCCCGUGCGUGCCGCCCUCCCGCCCGCACACCUGCCCGAAUCCGCUGGUUUCGGAGGUCCCCCUCGCAGUAGCAGACGUGGUGCAGCAAGCUUCGUCUCCAGCGUUGCAGGGAGGCGAAGGAGGUAAUGGAGCUGGAGCAUCAGCUACUGACGCAUCACCUGAGGCACCAUCAACAGCUCCAGGCAGCAGUGGCGGCGACGGCGGCUGCAGCAGGAGAGGCGGCGGGGAUGGCAGCAGUGAUGCUGAUGGCAUGGUGAGGUGGCUGGAGGAGUACUCGUGGAGGCUGGCUAACGGGUGGUACAGGGUACGCACAGUGGUAGAUGACAUCCCCGCUAGAGGCAUCUGCCUGUUUCCUGAGCAGGCUCCUCUGUGCUCUGUGGCUUUCACCAGGGGGGUGUGUGUGCGCGCCUCUGCUCUCUUCGUGCCGGAAGUGGCGCCGCUCGUGCUGCCACGGCCGUCUGCUGCCUCUGACUCCGCCUCUGGUGGUGCUGCUGUUGCUGGUGGUGCUGCUGUUGCUGGUGGUGCUGCUGCUGCUCUUGACCAGCCGCAGGAGGUGCUUCCGAGUUCCAUCCCCCAUGUCACCAUGCUCCCGUCCUCUUCUACGCACGGUUCCGGUUCCCAGACCCGUGCCCAAGCUGCCUCUGCUGCUGCCUCACACUCCUCAGCAUGGGCUGCUCACGCUAUGAGCAUUGACCACAGCACCGGCCAAUUAGAGGGCUCUGCCGGUGACAUGUCAGCGUGCCAGCUGCGCUCGCGCCAUUGGGUGAUCAAGGAGGAAGGGGAGGUGGUGGCGGAGGUGAGGGGGGAUGCAGUGGUGGGCGAGUAUCCCAUCUUGAGGCGCGGAGGCAGUGAGUUUGUGUAUCAGAGCUGUUCCCAAAUGACUGGCCAGUGGGGGACUAUAGAAGGGGAUUUUACGUUUGUCCCCGGGGGGCUCAUGAGGCCGACCGGAGCGGAUUUUGAUGCGGCGGUUGCGCCAUUCCCCCUGCAAGUGCCCGACUUCGUUUUUUGA